AUGCCGCUCCGGAGGGCUUCAGCUUGUAAGCUGUCUGCUCUGUGCUCUGCGUGGCUCCCACAGACACCAACAACCUGUAUGCUGCUUUCAGGUUCUGGACGACAGCUGAGACCGGCUGAGCCUCCGGGAGAUGCUGAUGCUGAUGCAGAGGACGAAGAUUCUGUUAAUGAAGUGGCAGUAGAAGACAUCCGUCCAAGGCCACAAGGAUCCUCUCCAGUUUAUGAAUAUUCCGUAGAAGAAGAAUAUUUAAAGCUUCAAGAAGAAAACAAAAAAUAUUCUACAGACAAAUCAAAACAGAGUCAUCCACAGGAGACAAUGGAAGUGACUCUGAAAACAGAAGUGGAAGCUGGUGCUAGUGGUUUUAGUGUGACGGGUGGAGGAAACGAAGGAAUAUUUAUUAAAAAAGUACUUAAGGAAUCUCCUGCUUCAAAAAUAUUUAGUCUGAGAGAAGGUGAUCAGCUUCUAAGUGCUACAAUAUUUUUCGAUAAUAUCAAAUAUGAAGAUGCACUCAAGAUUCUCCAAUAUUCUGAGCCAUACAGAGUCCAAUUCAGCCUCAAAAGAAAAAUUGCUGGGAAAGAAGAGCUAGAACACAUUCACUCUGCAGCCCAGUACAAAAAAGAAAGAUUAAGCCAGGAAAAAGAACUCAGUGAGAGCAUUCCUGAAGAAACACUGCAUGUUUCAGGAAAAGCCGUUUCAGAAGACGACAGGGAAACAUUAAUUGUAAGCCAAAGGGUAGGAAGAAGCAAGAGACCUAAAAAGGAUAGAUUAUCAUGGCCAAAAUUCCAGUCAAUUAAAAAUAAAAAGAUACUGGGGCACAGAAGAUCUCAUAGUACAUCAGAUGCAUAUGAGCCUGCUAUACAGGAUAUUUCCCCUACAAGCACAGACACAGAGUCUCAAUUUCAACAAGAAGUCCAUAUCAAAGAAAAAAAAGGAAGCCAAAAGAAACUGAAGUUCCCUAGCAUUGGAUUCAAAAUGCACAGAUCCAAACCGGAAACACAAGACAAGCAAAAAAAAGAAGUAAAAACUACGCUGUUAUCUGAAAGAGAAAAAAUACGUAAAGAAGAUAUCAGCAUGGAAAAUCCUGAAAUACUAACUGUUGAAUAUACCACAUCUCCUGCUUAUGAAAUUAAAACAGGGGAGGUACAUGAAACUUUAACAAAAGACUUAAAAGAUAUGAAAAAUGGCAUUCCAUCUCAUGCAAAAAAAUGCCCUGAAGUUGAAAUAAGCAUUAAAAAAGAAAAAGACAAGGAAUCAACAUCAAAAUUUACUGUACCUGAAGUACCAGCUAUAACAACACAGAUAUCAAAGCCCAGUUUAGAAACACCUGAUCUGAAAGAAAGCCCAACUAAACAAACACCACAAGCCUCAUCAAAAUCCCGAAAAAAGAAACAGAAAGGAACAGCAGAUAAAACAGAAGGAGAAAGUGGAAUUAACAUAGACAUGAUGGGUCACGCAGCACAAGGAUCUAUACAGGUAAAAGGUCUAGAAAUAGGAACUGCUAAAGCAGAAUUACACACAACACCUGACACACUGGAAACAGGAGACAAACAAGCAGAAGAUGACACACAACUACUAACAAUUCAGAAAACAAAAUUUGGGAUUUCAAUGCCCAAAAGAAAAGAGCCAGAGACUGAAAACACCAAACCGGGAAGUGAUGUUCCACAUUCAGGAACAGAAACAACAGCUGAUAUAAGUUCAUUUUUUUUAUUUGGAUGUGAAACCUCAUAUGCCUGA